CUCCAGGGAAGUUCUAGCGAGGGCGGCACCCUAGAAGUCAGAAGCAUCCCUGUGACCCAUUGCAAUCUUCCCCUUCCUCAUCCCUCCUUCCUCCUCCUCCUCCUCCUUCUCCAAGCUUUCCUCUCGGCUCUGUUGCCAUCUUUUUCCCCCUGCUGGAAGCAAUCAACACGCAGGCGAUCCUGGCGUGGACGCGCGGACCGGAGGGGGGACUCCCUCCACCUUGGGAGCUAGCACGGGGGAACUGUGGAAAAGUAGAGACCUUGCUGCUGGCUUAUCUCGGCUUUGUUAUGGGUCUGACGUGAGCCCGCGUCCCGAUCUCUCUCUCUCUCUCUCUCUCUCUUCCCCCUCUCUCUUCCAACCUCCUCCUCUCCCCCUCCUCUCCCCCUCCCCCACCCCCCAAUAUUACAGGCAGAAUUUCAGAGAAAAGUGUUACAGUAUUGCGGGGCUGGAGCUCAGGAUAACCACGCAGCCCUAAAUAAUCCCCCCCCCAGUAGCACCAACUUAGCUAUCGGAAAGAGUGAGAGAGAGAGAAAGACCAGGAGGAAGAGGAAAAGAAGGGACUUAAGCUAGCGAACCAGGAUGCCUUGAGACCCCGCUCCAGCACCUGGCUGAGGAUUUUUUAUAUAUAUAUAUAUAUAAAUAGCCUUUUCUCGCGUGGAUCUCCUCUCCUUCCUUGCCACCCACCCCACCCCCUCCAUCCGCCCCCGCCGGCUGCACACCUUUUCCUCCCGCCGCCGAAGGCUGCUGGUUCCAACUCCGGGGUGCGGCGUGCAUGUGUGGGGGUUGGGGGGGCCCCUCCGGCGCCCCCUUUUUAUGCUCCCUCCCGCUGCCCGGAUGCCGGGACUGCUCUGAGGCGCGCGCCAUGGGAGACCACCUGAAGUCGGGCUUCGAGGAGGUGGACGGCGUGCGCCUGGGUUACCUGGUGAUCCGGGGCAAGCAGAUGUUCGCGCUGUCGCAGGUCUUCACGGAUCUGCUGAAGAACAUCCCUCGGACGACGGUGCACAAGCGCAUGGACCACCUCAACGUGCAGAAGCACCACUGCGACCUGCAGGAGCUGCGCAAGCUCAAAGCCAUCAACUCCAUCGCCUUCCACGCCGCCAAAUGCACCCUCAUCUCCCGCGAGGACGUCGAGGCGCUCUACACGUCGUGCAAAACCGAGAGGGUGCUCAGGACCAAGCGCAAGGGGGCCGCGGCCCUCCAAGAAGCCCCCGGGCCGGACCCUUACGCGGCCUUCUGGAAAGGAGGCGGUAAACUUUGGCUGGGUUUGAAUGGAGCCGCCGCGCCUCUGGCCAGCAGCGGCGGCGGCGGAGGCAGCAGCGGCCGCCGACGGAAAGCGUGGCGCGCGGCGGCGGCGGCAUCGGGCGCUUUCCUACCGGCUUCGGAUCUACCUCACUUUUGGAGCAAAUCGCCUGCGCCCAGCGCGCCGGGACUGGCGCGAUCCCCUUGCAAAGGGUCGCCAAACUAUGAAACUGCGCCGCUGGCGCCGCGCUACGUCUCGCUGGCGUCGGAGGCGCCUUGCUUUCGGAGCCUGCUCUGCUCCAAGCACCCGCACUACUACUACCACUCCUCGGCCGCCAUUGCCAGCCAACCCAAGCUCGUCGCCGCCGCCGCCGCUGCAGCAGCCGCAGCAGCAGCUGCCGCCGCCGCCACGUCGGAGAGCGGCCCGCUGGCUCUGGGUUGCCGCUCCAAGAGGAAGAAAGCCGCCGAGGGGCGCUUCCCGCUGCUGGUGCCCUGCGCCGGCAAGCCCCCCAAAGCCGCCUCGUUGGAGAGGCUGCCGGGCUUGAACGGCUUCCUGGCGCCGGAGCCGCCCCAGCAGCCUUUCCCGGAGCCCUCCUACAGCAGUGACUCCGACUCCAGCUCCUAUUCGGACCACGCGGCCAACGACUCCGAUUUCUGCUCCAGUUUGACCAGCAGCAGCAAUUCGGGGUCUUCGGAGGACGAGGAGGGCAGCUACGCCUCGGAUUCCAGCGAGCUGAGCUCCGACGAGGAGGAAGACGAGGAGGAGGAAGAGGAGGAGGAAGAGGAGGAGGAAGAAGAAGAGAGCAGCUCCGAAUCGGACUCCAGCUCCGGCUCCAGCCAAGCAUCCGUGCAGAGCAUCCGCUUCAGGCGCACCAGCUUCUGCAAGCCGCCCGGUCUGGCGGGGGUUCCGGCCAGUCUUUUGCCUCCCACGCCCGCCUCGGCUGGACGCGACGAGAGCCUCCCUGGACCCGCGCGGAGCAUCAAAGCCGAGGCGCCCGAGGAGGACUGGGGCAUCACCCCCGCCGGCUGGGUCCCCAAAACCGAGCCCGGUGUGGAUUGCCACUGCUUUGGGGAGCUGAGCCAGGUCCGAAGGGGCGGCGGGUGUCCCUCUCCCUCGCCCGACGUGAAGGCUCCCGACCUGAAAGCCGCCCCCUGCCUGGCCAGGGGGUGCCCUUCACCCAGCCCAAAGACGCCCCACGCUUUGCCACAGCCAAGGUUCCUUCGAGACGCUGCGAGAGGCUGGCCCACCCGCUCUCCUCCUCCUCCUCCAGCUCCUGCAGAGAGUCCUACUGCUGCUCUUGGGGUGUCCCCAGAAGCCCCCCAGCCCCAUCGCCCAUUGACCCCCUGCCUGGGCUGUUCCUCCUCCCAAAGCCAGCCCGAGGUGCUUGCUGCUGCUGGUGCUGCUGAAUACCCCGAGCCGCUGCCCCUUGUGCCCAUUGCCCAGAUUAAAAUCGAGGACAGCAGUGCCAACGCCGAGUAUGGCGCCCUCCCGGUUCAGGGACAGAGCCAGCCCCCGCUCAAAUGUGAAGGCAGCGAUGACGAGCACAAGCGGGAGGCGGACGGCGAACCCGGGCCCUCGCCGUCUCCGCCACCCAGCCCGACCCACCAGCCUCAGGAACUUCUGCUGCCAGCCAAGGAAGACCCCGCCUGCUGCACUGACGAGCCCCCCAGCCCUCCGCUGAGCCCCCCGGGCCAGCCCGCUCCGUCGAGCCAGGCCCUCGCCUCCUGCACUUUAGGCGCCGCCGCCGCCAAACCCGAGGAUGGGGAGUACAAAUUUGGAGCCCGGGUGAGGAAGAACUACCGGACUUUGGUGCUGGGCAAGCGAGCCCUGCUGCCCAGCCCGGCGCCGCUCAAACCAAAUCUGAAAUCCGUCCGGAGCCCCCGCCUGCCCGCCGGGAAGCUCCUGGACGCCCCCGAGGGCGCCCUGGACGACUUGACAGUUCUCAGCCGGCGCAAAAGGGCGGCCGGCCACGUCGCCUCGGCCGUCAAGAGGCCCUUCAGCUUCAUGGGCAACUUUCCCUGCCCGCCCUCCUUGGUGGUGGGCCUCGACGGGGAUCUGCUGCCAGCCUACACCUUAAAUACCGCCAGGGAUGCGCAGCCGCCUCCCAAGGCCCAUCCUGUCUGGAAAUGGCAGCUGGGCGGCUCAGCAAUACCUCUUCCACCCAGCCACAAAUUCAGGAAAUUUCAUUCAUGAGAGAUUGAAUGGGAACCCUACUUCAUGGUCGUUGUUGUUGUUGCUGUUGUGUUGUUGGUCUUUUUUCCUUUUGUGGGGGGACCCCAACUACUUCUUUUCCUGACCUUCGAGAAUCUUACGCUGGAUGCUGGUCCCGCCCCUCAUCACAUCACAUCCGAUUUGAUUUUGAUUUUUUUUUAAUGGUGUGGGGGAAUCCUGGUUUAUUCUAUUUUUGGAGGACGACGAAAAUAAAACCGGAUUACUAUUUUCUUUGCCAUGAAAACCCAUCGUGGGGGGAAGGGAGGGGGGACGACGACGAGGAGGAGGACGAAAGAGGUCUAACAUUCCACAGACUACUUCAGGCGAAAGUUUUCCAAGUUUAUUAAAAACACACACACCACACAACAAACAAAAAAACCACCUCAGUGGAAUCUGCUAAAGCUGGAACACUUUACUGUCUCAAAAUGCUAGUAAUGCACCUGGUACCUCAAUUCCAACUGCUACAAAUAAAUGUUUGGUUUAUGUUUU